AAUGAGAGAACUGGAGAAGAAGAGAAAGGUGUGUGACAACCAGGCAAGGAAAGCAAGGAGAGAGGCGAGCAGGUGGAAGGAGGCAGCCGAGACAGAGCAAGUGCCAAGAGCAGGGGAGAAGCAAGGAAAAGAGUAGAAAGAACCAAGGUGAUGGUCAAAGAGAGUGAAGAAGUGAAGACGAAAAGGCAGUCACCUAUGUAGGGGAGGGGGAGAGUAGAGAAGUGCAAGGCAAGGGAGUAGCAGAAGUGAGGUGGUCAGGAGCAUCCAAGCUGUGUGUAUAUCUCUAGCUGUGUAUUCACAGCAUACACAUGGAUGCUGAACGCAGGUGAGUGUACGUCUCAAGACUCAGCCACUGAGCAAAAUGCAGCUAACGCAAUGCUGCUUUAUAUUCCUGGUUCAAGGCAGCAUCUAUCUGGUGAUCUGUGGCCAAGAAGAUUCUUCUACUGACCCAGAUGAUGAAGACCAGACAGAUACAAAACCCCAUUCCAGGCCUCGAAUUCCUAGGAGACGGUCUUCUUCUCCAUCCAGGUCUCGUAACUCAAGCCCCUUGAACUCCACUAUCCUUCAACUUCUCUCCAACUCUCUGGAAUUCUGGGAUGUCCUGAACAGCCUUUCAGAGCUGGGUCAUAAUUCAGAACCCCCAAUACCAGCUAGGAUUCGACGUCAGUCUGUACUAAGGUCAACAGGAAGAGCCAAGAAAGUCUUUGGUUGGGGGGACUUCUAUUCCAAUAUCAAGACAGUAAAGCUCAACCUUCUCAUCACAGGAAAAGUGGUGGAUCAUGGGAACGGGUCCUUCAGUGUCUACUUUCUCCACAAUUCUACAGGCCAGGGGAAUGUUUCUGUCAGUCUUGUCCCACCAUCUAAAGUCCUUGAUUUUGAUUUGGAGCAGCAGAUGUAUGCAGAAGCAAAGGAAUCAAAAAUCUUCAAUUGUCGAGUGGAAUUUGAAAAAGUAGAUAAAGCAAUUAAGACAGGUUUAUGUCCUCACGACCCGUCAAAGACCUGCCACCAACAGCAAACUCGUAGCAAAGUCUCAUGGACAUGCUCUCACCCAUUCAAGAUUGUUUGUGUUUAUGUCUCAUUUUACACAACAGAUUAUAGACUAGUGCAAAAGGUCUGCCCGGACUAUAACUAUCACAGCAGCUCUCCAUACUCACCCUCGGGCUAAAGAUGACAAAAAAAUUGAGCUCACAGCUGUGGAAUAGCCUAUAUUGGUCUAACUUUGGGUCUACCUUUUAUGGACUUCCUGUGCCUUGGUCUGGUCCAUUGUGGUGUAUGUAUUUGUGGAGACAGUGGGCAGAAAGCUAUGUAAGUGAUGUGUUGGAUGUGAAAUUUAGACCACUUCAAUAUACACACAAAUAUAAAUACUAUAUUGUUAUCUCCCUAUAAAAUGAACUCAUAGAUUCUCCUGGACACCGAAAAAGUUGUGGUCUUGAGGCCUUACUAUGUCUCUGGAUACUAUAUCUUCUGAAAACCCUACUAGAAAGAUUU